CAGAUGAUCACCAGUAAGGGUUAUCCUGAAGAAAAUCACAAAGUUACAACUGAAGAUGGUUUUAUUCUCACACUCCAAAGAAUUCCACGUGGUAGAAAAGGGAUAUACCGAGCAGAGAAAAAAGAAGUGGUUCUUCUUCAACAUGGACUUCUUGGAGAAAGUACCAACUUUCUUGAUGAUUUGGCAAAUGAGAGUUUAGCCUAUAUCCUAGCUGAUUCUGGUGCAGAUGUUUGGUUAGCUAAUAGUAGAGGUAACAGUUAUUCCAGGGCCCAUGUUCAUCUCAAACCAUCACAAGAGAUAUUUUGGAACUGGUCAUCAGAUGAAAUGGCGCAGUAUGAUUUACCUGCUAUGGUAGAUUAUAUCACGACUAAAACUGGUGUUAGUAAAAUCACCUACAUUGGUCAUUCUCAGGGAACUUUGAUUGGAUUCGGUGGUUUCAGUCAAAAUAAGACACUUGCCUCUAAAGUGAAGCUGUUUAUUGCACUUGCGCCGAUUGCUAGACUUGGUCACAUAAAAGGACCAUUACACCUUAUUUCACCAUUGACCAAGGAUUUACAGAAGCUGGAGCAAAUGCUUGGUAAAGGAGAAUUUAUGCCCCAUUCUAAAUUUGAUGUGUUUUUAGCUAAAGAUGUAUGUCAUCCGUUUGGCAGAUUGUGUGAUACCGGAUUCUUCCUUACAGGAGGGUUUGACCUUGGUAAUCUAAAUAAGUCCAGAACUCCAGUGUACAUUGCUCACAACCCGUCAGGAACUUCUGUUAGAAACUUUAUUCAUUAUGGGCAGGUAAGUACUGGUUGCUUUAAUGUGGAACUGGAUUUGAACCAUGCAGAUGGUAACUUUAAAAUACCUUUCUAUCCACAGCCAACACCACCCAUUUAUCAUCCAGAAGAUAUAGAAACACCUAUAGCUGUAUUUCAUGGUGGGCAUGAUUGGUUAUCAGAUGCUAUAGAUGUACAGUGGUUGCUACCAAAACUAAAGCACCUGGUAUAUGAAAAGCUGAUUUCACAUUGGAUGCAUGUUGAUUUUAUAUACGGUGUUGAUGCUCCUAAACAAUGUUAUAAACCUAUUGUACAACUAAUAUUUAACUCUACUGUAACAGAAUAA